CAUGGUUGUAAUAUAGGACGCUUUUUCUGAUUCUGGUGGAGUUUUUGACUGUUCAAGGCUUAUGCAAUCUUGGGUUUUGACGCAUUCUUGUGUUGGAUUCAUGAAUGUGAGAAUAGGGAGAGAUUUGUGUUGUUCAUGUUCUCUCUUUGUUUGGUCUUUGCGGGAGAACUUUGUGACUUUGUCAAUGCAGAGAAAAGUCUAUUCCACUGAUUGCGUUGUAGCUGCAGGCCAAAGAAAACUUUGUUUGAAUUCUUAAAAGGCACUGCCAAUGAAAACAAGAGAAAAAUGAGACUUUUCUUUCAUGGCGGCCUUCUUUUAUAUAUGUUACUACUUACUUGACCAAGAUUUUGGGUUUUGCCGACUGAGUUGUUGACAUUCUUGUAGGCACUACCACUGAAAUCAAGAGAAAAAUGGUCCUUUGAUUUCAUGCCGGCCUUCUUUUAUAUAUCUUCUUACUAGACCCACAUUUUGGGUUUUGCCAGCUGGGUUUGUGAUUUUCAUGACAAAAGCUUAGUAUACUAAGCAAAUGGUCUCUGUCUCUCACUUAAAUUUUUCUGAAAGUGGGAUUUUUUAUCAGAAAUGGAGAGCUUCAAAGCCCCAUUCAGGGGUAUCGCAAACGAUAUUCGAGGAAGAGCAGCAUGCUACAAGAAAGAUUGGAUUGGAGGCAUUCGUUCAGGAAUCGGGAUAUUGGCCCCAACUACCUACAUCUUCUUUGCUUCAGCUCUUCCUGUUAUAGCAUUUGGGGAGCAACUGAGUAGAGAUACAGAUGGAAGCUUGAGCACGGUUGAAACAUUGGCUUCUACAGCUAUCUGUGGCAUAAUACACUCCAUUCUGGGUGGGCAACCUCUAUUGAUUUUGGGAGUUGCAGAACCGACUAUUAUAAUGUACACGUACUUGUAUGACUUUGCAAAAGGAAAGGAAGGUCUGGGACGCGAACUAUUUCUAGCUUGGGUUGGAUGGGUUUGCGUCUGGACAUCCCUUUUGCUCAUUCUUCUGGCAAUAUUCAAUGUUUGUGACAUCAUCAAUAAGUUUACGAGGAUUGCAGGGGAACUUUUUGGCAUGUUGAUAAAUGUUCUGUUCAUUCAGGAGGCUAUCAAGGGAAUAGUCAGUGAGUUCAAACUACAGAAAGGUGAAGAUCCAAAUGGGGGGACUUAUCAACGUGAGUCAAUGUACACAAAUGGACUGCUGGGGGUCAUAUUUACUGUUGGUGUCCUCUAUACUUCAUUGAAGACCAGAAAAGCAAGAUCAUGGUGGUAUGCAACAGGGUGGUUCAGAAGUUUCAUUGCAGAUUACGGGGUUCCUCUAAUGGUAGUGUUGUGGACUGUUAUAUCAUUCAGUGUACCACACAAUAUUGUUCCCUCACAAGUUCCUAGAAGGCUAUAUAGCCCUCUAGCAUGGGAUUCUGAAUCUUUACACCAUUGGUCUGUAAUCAAGGAUAUGGGGAAGGUUUCUCCUGGAUACAUCUUUGCCGCUUUCAUUCCUGCUCUGAUGGUAGCGGGUCUCUACUUUUUUGACCAUAGUGUUGCUGCACAAAUGGCACAACAAAAGGAGUUCAAUCUAAAGAAACCUUCUGCAUACCAUUAUGAUAUUUUGCUGCUGGGAUUUUUGACACUGCUUUGUGGAUUGAUUGGGCUUCCUCCUUGCAAUGGUGUCCUGCCACAGGCACCCAUGCACACUAAGAGCCUUGCAGUUCUUAAGAGGCAGUUGAUUCGAAAGAAAAUGGUAAAGAGUGCUAAAGAAAGCAUAAAACAGAAAGCUAGCAAUUCUGAAAUCUAUGGAAAUAUGCAAGCUGUGUUCAUAGAGAUGGACAACUCGACUGCAGAUACUUCAGUAGUUACAGAGCUUGAAGACUUGAAGGAAGCAGUUAUGAAAAGUGAACAUGAAGGGGAGAAUGCAAAAGAUGCAUUUGAUCCUGAGAGGCACAUUGAUGCUUUCCUGCCUGUCCGGGUUAACGAGCAAAGAGUAAGCAAUCUGUUGCAGUCACUUCUUGUAGCAGCAUCAGUUUUUGCUAUGCCAGCCAUCAAGAAGAUACCAACAUCAGUUUUGUGGGGAUACUUUGCUUACAUGGCCAUUGACAGUCUCCCGGGGAAUCAAUUCUGGGAAAGGUUGCUAUUUCUCUUCAUUGCGCCUAGCCGACGUUACAAGGUCUUGGAAGGGGUUCAUGCUUCCUUUAUGGAGUCAGUGCCAUUCAAAUACAUUGCCAUAUUUACACUCUUUCAGCUUGUAUACUUCCUGUUCUGCUUUGGUGUGACAUGGAUCCCCAUAGCCGGCAUUUUAUUCCCCUUGCCGUUCUUCCUUCUCGUAAUGAUAAGACAGCACUUCCUCCCCAAAUUCUUUCAACCAUAUCACUUGCAGGAGCUGGAUUCAGCUGAAUGGGAGGAAGUCACUGGCCCCCCGAGACGGUCUCUCAGCGUCUCUACAAGGGAAUUGGAAACUGCAAUCGAAGAAGGUGAAGUGGAGAUGUGUGAUGCUGAGAUAUUAGAUGAGUUAACAACCAGCAGAGGGGAGCUGAAAAUCAGAGCUAGCUUCAGUGAAGACAAACGUGGUCAGAUUCACCCUCAAAAUUUUGGCCAAACAGAGUGAAAGAAGAGCUGAAUUCAACAAUAUAGGUGACAGAAAUAUAGAUGGGGUAUAGACAUGAAAUUUUUAGUUUAGUAGUGCGAAUCUAUACAAGAGUAGGCAGAGAUAAUACUGCAAGUUAGAAUUGGUAGUAAAUCACUAAAUCUUGAGAUUUUGGAUGUCAUUAUCUCAACAAAUUCAAUACAUGCUUGGAGAUUGAUAGUAA